CUUUCUUUUGUCUAAUUCAAGCCUGUAAAAAAUUGCAAAUUGGAAAAAAAUAUUGAAAAUCUGAAUUUUGAUUGUAAAUUUGUUAUGAACUUAUGAGGUUUUAGCUUGCAGUUGAUCUCUGAGGACACUUCAAUCAAGGUAUUCAUCCAUCAUCAGGAACAUGUCCACAUCAACUAAAGACCGAACACACGGUUCGGCAACCACUGACCGGCCUGCUAAAGUUAGCCCUAAGCAAGUAUCAGCUGAACAGAGGAGAAUAGCCGAUUUAAUGACCGAUAAAACUGAUAUUUCUGAACUCCAAAGCAAAGUUGAAAAGAUUAUCGAACUCACCAAUGCCACUCGUGAUGAAGCUGUUGUUGCUUUGCACGAUUGUGACAAUGAACUGGACAGAGCAAUUGAUAUGAUACUGGAAGGUGAAUCUGUUAAUGUGACUGAGUGGAGGAGUACAGGUAAAAAAAGGAAACCAAAAGUAGUUGCAUCUUCAACUUCUCAAGCUGAUAAAGAAGAUAAAUCUAACGCCAACGAGUCUACAAAUGUCGGAGAUAAAAAGGUAUCUAGCAAUAGAGGACGCGGUGGUCCACGUCUCCAGAGAGGUGCCGGUGGUAGUGGUAAAUCUUCCAAUUGGAAACCAAAAGAAGAAAAGAGUGAUAUGACUAAUGAAAACAAUGAAAAUACGGCUCCAGAAAUUAGCAUUAAUAAUAAAAAUUUACCUCCAAGACGCGGUGAUAGUCGCAGAGGUAGAGGUCGUGGCUCCACACGAGGUAAUUUCUCUAACAGAGGAACUGGUGGAGGACGGGGAGCUCGUUUAUUCCAAAACAAAGGCUAUCGUAACACGAAUAAUACUGGUAAUAAUAAUAAUGACGGUUUUCCAAACUCGAUUGAUACUUGGACCAACAGCACAGCUGACCAAGCUAGUACCAUAACCAAUAAUGAGUGCACCACAAUGCAUGUUGGUAACUGGUCUGAUUUCGCUACUAAUGAAGAUUGGAGUGAAGAAGACUGGGACUCUAGUUUAAUGGAAACUAAGGUUUUCACUCCAAGUACCAAGCCAUCAAACGAUAAGGAAGAUACCGGUGAUUUACCAGCUAACAACGUCACUAACACUACCAAUCAAGGUCUUAACUUUGGAAGUUUAUUAGGAAAACAAAGCAAUGAAUCGUCGAACCAACCAAGUCAACAGUCGAUGAGCUCUAUAUUAGGCAGUAAUGUUCCUCGAAGUAGUGCUACUAACUCCUCAGCCGGGGCUGCUUUAUUACAGCAAUUACAACAACAAGCAGUUUCUUCGCAAUCAUCCUCUCAAAUCAACAAAUUUUCUUUAAGUCAAUACACUAAACAAGCAACUGAAAAUAUUAAGUCAUUGGUUGGAAUUCCUACAACAACUUAUAAUUCAAACAAUGCUAAUAUUAUGAAUGCGGAUAGUCUUGACAACCAAGUUUCUGACCUGUCACAACGUCAAUUAGAGGGCCAAGGUGAUAACCAAUCUGGUAGUUUAUCUUCAUCAAAACCACCAAGACUCACUGUGAAAAGAUCCAGUAAAAUACCGGAAUCAGCUGUUGAGAUGCCAUCCAAUGACUCUAUAUCCGCGUUGAACGUGCAAUUUGGCGCUAUGCCUUUUGAUUUAGGGCCUGAGGCCAAUAAUGCCUUCCAUGAUGUUGUUAAUCAUGUUAAAUCUAAAUCUAACCAAGUUAAAGCUGCUGGCUCAACUUCUGUUCCAGGUUCAUCCAGCCUUGGCUCAUCUGCACUAUUGAAUCAAACGGUUUCUGAUAACGCAUUCCGUGCAGCCAAUAAUGCUAAUAACCAAUCUGCUGGAAGUUCUGCUGCUAAAUCCUUAGCUAAUACAGCAUCUGAUCUAGUUUUACAAAAUUCAGUCCUCGGACAUCAAACAAUAUCUGCUGAAAUUGGUUUAGAUAGGAAUAAGUCUGCUUCUGCAGCUAGCUACGGAACAAAAGUAUUAGAAGGUAACCAUAACAAAAAUAUUUAUCAAAGCGGGGCAACUACUCAAGUUCAACCUUCUAAAACCUCAACAAGUGAUAUCUCCAGUUACAAAAAUACAUCUUAUCCACAAGCAGACUCUAAUUCUGCUUAUGGAUCGAAUGUAAAUUAUGGUGCAUCUACUACAUCCACGCCUUAUUAUUCUGCGAAUCAAACUCAAGGAGCGUAUUCAUCGGCUACGAACUACUCUAGUUUCCAACCAGUUAGCACGGCAACCAGCCAUGCUAAUGUAGCAGGCCAAAAAACUGGGGGUAUUAAGGAUUUGGAUUCUUCGGCAUCCAACACUCAACAUAAACAUAAUUAUGAUCUUACUCAAGGAGUACCAAAUGUUGUUCCCGGAGGCCUAGUAUCAAAUUCAACUGUAACAACAAAUGUUCUGAAAAACUCUCUUACAGCAACUGGUAAGGGAAUACCUAGUGUUCCUCCUGGAGUGACACCUCUCAUGGGAACUCAAUAUAUUAUGAGUCAAGCUGGACUGUCAGCUUUCUAUCCUUUCUACGACGUUUCUUCUAUUCCAACCGCGCCUCAUGCUAGAGAUCACAACUUUGCCUAUUCUGCUAAUACAGAUCUGAAGUAUAGCCGAGCUGAUAAUGAUGGAUCAAAUGUUGUUUCUACACAAUCACCAGUAUCCCAAACUCAUAAUCAAGCUAUUUUCGGUCAGAUACCUCAUGCUGCUUAUAGCUUCUUCUACACUCCCGGUGUUAAUAUGAUGCCACAAAGCUUAUACGGUCCCGCAGCUCCAAUCUUCCCAGUAACACCAGCGACCAACACUGGCUCAACUGGCUCAGCGUUCCCGAAAGGAACAACAGGUUAUGGAUCUCAUUCUUACGCCUCUGCAGGUUAUGAUUCAUUAGCUGCUGUUCCUCCCCCUUCAGAUUAUGUUAAAACGAAUUAUGGUCCAUCAGCAGGUCAGCAACAAGUUAAAGGUAUCAACUCUAGCAAUGCAAAUGAUCUUUCGGGUUCAAACGCUAUGUAUGGUAAAAGUCAUCCACAAUUGAACAAAGGCUACGAUAAACCUAAUAGUUUUCAAACAGCAACUCCACCCCCGUUCAACAUGACUGGUGCUCCACAAGCAAACACUUUAGGUUCAGGUUAUGCACCUCAGCCACCCAAUCAAUAUAUCCCUAUGUUGCCUCAAACGCAACCGUCUAUGUUACACCAUAAUCUUCAAGGAGACGUAUCACAAAGUGGAGGUGCCGGUGUUGGUGGUCAAAGAUCCAUGUACCAGCCUCAAAAAGGCUCGGCUCCCAACAAUAAAUCUUAUUGGAAUCCCAUUUGAGGAGUUAAAUACUAAAGGCCUUUCCUUGUCACCCGUUUUUCGAAAAAAUAUCUAACAGAAAAGAAUUGAUUGAUAGGCCCUUUAUUGAACACAAACUACACAUACAUACAUUAAAAAAACUACACAAAAAAACACGCAUAUGAUUACAAUUGACACUGACUAAAACUUGAAACGGUUGGAAUAAUAAGAAAGAUGUAACUUUUUGGGGAUAUGGAAAUACGCUUGUGAAAAAGUAAAUCUGAAUGUUUAAUUCGAAGGAGGAGAGUAUACGGAGAAACAGUCCCUUGAUAUGAAAGGGAAAACACCUUAUUCUACUCUACUCGUUCAAAACAUACUUUCAUGUGUAAGGGUCAUCAAAUAUCCCCUGUUAAAUAUGAGUGAGAAUUGAAAUGAAAUUGCAUUUCUAUUUCCUCUAAUUCUUUCAAUCUCUUCAUCUUGCUACUUUUUUUUCUCACCUUUUUCUUGAUUAUUCUUUUCUCUCUUUUCUUUCUCUUUAUACCUCUCAAUUAUCUUUUCCCUAUUAUUAUUCGAUUCGAUUGAUAAAAACAACCAAAAAAUUGUUAAAUUAGUGUCUUUAUCUUCUCACUUUUCUUUCUCUUCUUCCUCUCUAAUUAAGUUUCCAAAGGGUAGUUUUCAUCCCUUUUCUCUUAAAUGUCUCUCCUCUAAACAAAUACAAAUCUAUAUAUAUAUACACUAAAAGCACUAAUAACCGAAACCCUUUACUCUCUUCAUCAACCUCGAAAAAAAAUAUAAGAAAAACCAACCAAAUAAACAAAAAUAUAAAAUUAUCUCCUAGAAAUCGAAUAAGCAAAACCAACGAAUCAUUAAAGUUACAGUCAAAAAGUUGAAAUGUCUACAAACGCGUUAAGCUGUAGGUUAUUUUUGCCAAUUGUAAUUGAAACACCUUGCAGUUGAAAAAUUAAAAUGUAAAUGAAUUAAAGCGAUAAUUUGGGAAUAUUGUACUUUCA